GACCCUCAGCGCCCGCUGCGGUUCCUUCAGGCUUGGCGUACAUCUGCGAGGGGCUGAAGGAGCAGCGCAAGGGGCUGGUCACCCUGGUGCUGUGGAACAACCAGCUGACUCACUCGGGCAUGGCCUACCUGGGCAUGACGCUGCCUCACGCCCAGAGCCUGGAGACCCUGAACCUGGGCCACAACCCCAUCGGCAACGAGGGCGUCCGCAACCUGAAGAACGGCCUCAUCGGGAACCGCUCCGUCCUGCGCCUCGGCUUGGCCUCCACCAAGCUGACCUGCGAAGGUGCCGUGGCGGUGGCGGAAUUCAUCGCGGAGAGCCCGCGGCUGCUGCGCCUCGACCUGCGGGAGAACGAGAUCAAAACGGGCGGCCUGAUGGCGCUGUCGCUGGCCCUCAAGGUCAACCACUCGCUGCUGCGCCUCGACCUGGACCGGGAGCCCAAGAAGGAGUCCGUGAAAAGUUUCAUCGAGACGCAGAAGGCGCUCCUCGCCGAGAUCCAGAACGGCUGCAAGCGCAACUUCAUCCUGGCCAAGGAGAAGGAGGAGAAAGAGCAGAAGCUGCAGCAGUCGGCCUCCAUGCCCGAGAUCACCGUCACCGAGGCCCUGGAGGAAGGCCCCGGGGAGGACGACAGCGCGGCCUCCACCCCGGAGGAGGGCGAGGAGCCCGAGGAGGGCCCCGUGGCCUCGGAGAACGGCGCCGCGGAGCCGGCGGAGGACGGCGACGACCGCGACGGCGCCACGGACUCCGACUCGGACACGGAUGAGGAGGAGGACGCGGGGUUGGCGACCAAGGACUUGAGCCAAGCGCGGGGACAAAACGAUUCCGGCGCCGCCGCCGCGGCGUCCCCGCAGCAGGCGGGGAGCCCCUCCGCGUCCCCCCAGGGGAACGAGCGGAGGAUUUCGGUCUCCAGCCCCGGGCGAGGCCAUAAAAUCUUCGUGGUGACGCGCGUGGAGAGCCUGCCCGAGCGAGCGGCCGCCGCGCGCCCGCGGGAGGACGGGGACGGCCACGCCGCCAACCCCGCCGAGCCCCCGGCCCCGACGCCGGCCUCCGAGUCCCCGCUGCGGGACCCGCGGGCCAACGGGGCGGCUCCGGGCACCGGCACGGACACGGCACCGAGCCCCGGGGAGCGCGGCAGCCCCGCGCCCUGCGACAGCCCGGCCCGCGACGCCGCCCUCCCCAACGGGCUGAAGACGGAUUUCGCGCGAGCGUUGCCCGACGUCUCUCCGGAGGGCGACGGGAAAGCGGGGAGCUGCGCGGCCGAGCACGAGCUGAGCUGCUCCAAGGACGAGAAGGAGCUGGAGGAGCUGCUCCGGGAGGCCAGCCAGGACACCGCGCACGAGCCGCUGUGAUGCAGGUCGGGGGGGGGGGGGG